CGGCUUCCGCGCCGGGACUGGCAACUUUCCAAUUAACCAGGCCGGCCCUAAAUCUCCGGCAUGGCCGCGCCGCUGGUGCCGCGCUCCAGUGAGAGCGGCGGCUGGCCGGAGCAUGGCGGCGCCGGGCCGGGGGCGAGGCGGCUGGCCACGGCGCUGCUGUUCCUGGCGGCCGUCGCGCUGCCGUGCCUCGUGCUGUACCGCGCCGUCGCGCCCGCCGGGGUGCUCGUCCAGCCCGCCGCCCGCCUGCCGUGGCUGCGGGCCGCCGCCGCGCCGCCGCACGAUGACGACUACGACGUCGACCUGGUGCAGGAGAACGACAGCGAGGACGUGAGGCUGGAGCGGGUGCUCCGGGCGGCGGCGAUGGCCAACGACACGGUGAUCCUGACGACGCUCAACUCGGCGUGGGCGGAGCCGGGGUCCGUGGUGGACGUGUUCCUGGAGAGCUUCCGGGUGGGCGAGCACACGAGGGAGCUGGUCGACCACCUCGUCAUCGUCUCGCUGGACCUCGCCGCGCACCGCCGCUGCAAGCAAAUCCACGCGCACUGCCUGGCCGUGGCCACGGAGGGCGUCGACUUCUCCGGCCAGAAGAACUUCAUGACGGACGGGUACCUGCGGAUGAUGUGGCGCCGGAUCGACUUCCUCCGGCAGGUCCUGGAGAAGGGCUUCAGUUUCAUUUUCACGGACACCGACAUCGUGUGGCUGCGCAGCCCGCUGCCGCGCCUCUACGCCGACGGCGACUUCCAGAUCGCCUGCGACCACUUCACCGGCGACCCCGACGACCUCGGCAACUCGCCCAACGGCGGCUUCGCCUACGUGCGCGCCAACACCGAGACGGUGGAGCUCUACAGGUACUGGUACGCGGCCAGGGAGCGCCACCCGGGCCUGCACGACCAGGACGUGCUCAACCUCAUCAAGGGCGACCGCUACCUCGCCGAGGUCGGCAUCCGGAUCAGGUUCCUCAGCACCGAGUUCUUCGGGGGAAUCUGCGAGCCCAGCCGGAACCUCAGCGCCGUCUGCACCAUGCACGCCAACUGCUGCGUCGGCCUCGGCCCCAAGAUCGCCGACCUCAAACUCAUGCUCCACGACUGGAGGAGGUUCAUGUCGCUCAGGGACCGUGACAAGCACUCUGCAUCAUGGAGCGUGCCCCGGAACUGCAGGCGCCCUGAAUAAAGUGGAGCAGUAGGAGAGGCUGAGGGAGGAUCAUUUCUUACACAAGAGUGCCAAGUCCAGUAGACACCGGAUUCGUACGCGUUUAUUACCAAGUGAUUAGCUUCUGACCGAGGAGACAACAUCGGAGGUGUGUAAAGAUCGUGUGUUCUGACAACAAACAUCGGUGCUUCUUAGUACCGUAGCCCAUAUAUUCACAUAUACACUCACUAGAUGGCAGUUGCCAACCUAGCUAGUGAUUGCAACCAAAUGUACUCAAGUGCUAAUGGAAUUGUUCUUCAGUUC